UUCAACUAGAUUUUUGUCCUUAUUGGGCGGACUGAUCUAAAACAAGGUGAAUCUUUUUUUGACGGAGAAUGUGGACAGUGUAGCAUCCUUCGGCACGCAAGCAUGCAUCAAGCAGUGAGAUCACUUGUGUUAUAAAUAUCUCGGUGCCCGCAGAACAACUCCAUCCACUGCAGCUAUGGUUGUCCCUGCUGGAGCUGUAACGGCGUGCUUGCGCGCACAGUUACCUGUGCAUCGCACCCGGGAUCGACAACAAAAUGCGAGAACUUGCCUAGCCAAAAAAGCAUGCACGUUUUAGUAAGAAUGCGCUUUCCUUGCUGGUGUUUUCUUUUUGCACGUCUGUUUAUCUUUGCCGCCGUGACAACGUCGGACCACGUUUCAUUGGGAGAUCAACUUCUCGAAGAAGGUAUCAAUUCAGGGCGCAGGACUGGAAGACUUUAUUGUAGGGUUGGCAUUGGUUUUCAUCUACAGAUUCAUCCGGAUGGCAGAGUUAAUGGGAGUCAUGAACCCAACCAGUUGAGUUUGCUGGAGCUCUUUGCAAUCUCUCAGGGUGUCGUAGGGAUACGAGGAGCUCUCAGCAGAAGGUUUCUAUCCAUGAACAAAAGGGGAAGGCUCCAUGCUGUUGAAGAAUUCACAGAGGAGUGUAAGUUCCGCGAGCGGUUGCAGGACAGCAGCUAUAACACAUACUCCUCUCUGAUACACAGGAACCACCGGAGUGGGAGGGAGUGGUUUGUAGCUCUGAACAAGAGGGGCAAGGCCAAAAUGGGCUCCAGUCCCCGCGUGAAAUCCCAGCAUGCCUCCACGCACUUUCUGCCCAGGUUCAGCCUGCCGGAGAGGUCCCAGUGGGGUUUCACCAUCAUGGACGAGAGCAAAGAGGGCCAAAAUUCCCCCCAUCCUGCUCCACCAAAAGCCCCUCUGCCAACGGUCAAGGUGGACAGUGGACAAAAGCGCACUCAACCAGUAAAGUAUUGGCCCAAAUUUAGAUUUGGAUAAAUUCACUCUUGAGACAGAGUGAGAAUUUCUUCAGGACAUUUGGGCUAAGACAUGGACAGGCUCAUCUUGUGCUGUAUGUAUCUUUAUUAAGCACAUGAAUCUAGAAAUUAAAUAAUUCCAACUAGAAAUUUAACAUGGCAACAAUAAAAGGGCUGUGAUGACUUACGGAUUUACCUUUAAAAUGAUGAACUGAGAUGUAGCAUUUCUUUACUUCUGUGUAUGUUGAUUCCCUUCCUGGUUUCCAUAAACUGUAAUGUAGUUUUAUCAACUGAAAUUAUCCAUGUGGACGUCUAGCAUCUUUAAUGUUCCAGUUCUGUUUUUACCAGCAUAAUAUUUGCACUAAUUUUGUCAGUUAAAUGCUACAGUGUUCCUCACAGAUGUCACUGAGUCCUCAUCCUCUCGCUGUGUACAGAUUUGGUGUUUCCAAACUGUCAACAAAUGAAUAAAAAAAAU